GAAAGUUCCAUCAUAUUUCCGGAUGAAUCAAUGGCUGAAUGCACUGGAACAACAGUGUCCGCCGUCGAGUCGAUCUCAACGCAUCAACAUAACAAGCCGGUCGUUUGGUCAAAAGCUGACCCAGCGAAUCCAGACAAUAAAAAGAGCUCACACGAUCCGUCUGUAGAUCGCACACUGAUCGCCUCUGUUGAAAGACGUCUUAACUCCCAAACAAUGUCUAAUCGCAGCUGUUGUGCCGACACAGGCCUUCUGGAACAAAUUCCCGCUCUGACCGCUGAACAUGCAGCUGUUCAAAUAUUCAGUUCAAAGUCUGACAAAAACGAGCUAGUUGUUCGUUCAAAAAGUUCUCUGAAUGACUCGAUGCCAUGUUAUUUGGACAGUUCAGGAUUGGCAUUAGAUCAUCGAUUUCCCCGAACAUCUGGCUAUCCACCGCAUUCCUCAGAAAAACGAAAUGAUACACCUGUUAAGAACUCCAGUCACAUGGAUAUGACAAAUGGAAAUUCAAAUACGUCACUCCCGUGUCGGAUGAAUUAUUCAGGUGGUAAUCUGCUUUUGACGAGAAAACCAGGAGAAGUAAGCUUCUUCAAAAAGAAUGCACGUUCGAAGAAGCCCAGUGAAAAUGGUAGUUCAAGCAAAACAAUAGCUAGGCUCAGCAAGUCGCUGCCGAUAACUAGACCGGCGAACUAUUCGGGUGGCAAUCUACUGUUCAAAAUACCGCACCGUAGUCUAGGACUAAACAAAAGGACAGAUAUGACUCUAGCAUUGAUCGCAACCGGUGAUACCUGCAAUUCAAACGUAGGGGAGAAGCCACAAUCGUCGUGUUGCUAUACUCCUGAUGUCCAAAACGAGUCAGCGUCCUUGAGUAUGCAACACCUCAACGAUUUGUCGUUUGAAAAUGUUCUUAGUAGCACGCCAAAGCGCAAGAAGGUACACGAGAAUAUUUCCUUGUCAAAUACUGAAUUUCAAAAUGCCGAGUCCGAUGUUGAACGCUCCAAGGACAAUAUCAAACAAUCCAAUCCAUCUGAUCAACCGCGGAUUAUAGAACUCCCGUGUGCUUAUGAUAAAGUGUUUGAUUCCGAUGAAGAUGAAGGUGACAACGAUGAAGACGUCAACGAUGAUGAAAUACUAAUCGGUGAUGCAAACGCACUGACGGAUUUCACAAUCAACGAAUACUUUGAAAAGUACAAAAAUCAAACAAUAAUCAGCGAUGAUGAGAUGGAUUAUGAAGAAAACAAGGAAAAUGAAGCAUUCGGCCAUCUCGGAUUUGAAGAGCUAGAAAAAGAUGAUAUUAGAACUAAAAAGAAGAAGACACCAUUGUGGCGAAUCAAUAAAGCAGCUAGGGAACGCGGUAUGGAGUAUACCAAACCUGACGGGACAGUUGUACCUGCGCGAAGGUUACAAGAUCCCUGUCGCUGUAAUUAUCUAAAGUGUCACGAAAAGUACGACCAUACGAUUCGGGAGCACAUCUUACGCAACCUUCUUCAACUCACUUCGUCUGGCCAGAACCAAUUCAUUAGCAACCACAUGAGCAUCUGUGUGACAGCAAGACCAACGGUGCUAAAUUCUCGAAGAGCAUAUACACGUAAAUAUUACCUACCUGCUACGAACGGCCGGGUUCGGGUUUGUAAGGAAAUGUUCCUCGCAACAUUGAACACAUGA